AGCAGUCAACAAUAGAAGCUUCGUUGCAAAGUACUACAGUAGUCUACACUGAUAACAAUUCCGCUGCCAAGCUCCUUCAUUGACUUCAUAGAAUAAGAACACACACAGUUACGUCGACUUAUAAACUGUGCAGUCAACAUCAUCAUCACACAAUCAACUUUGGUAUAUUCUAUAGUUUUUUCAUUUAGUUUUUCAAUUUUGAUUUACUACCUACAUUCCUAAACACUAGUAUUAUGUUCUAUUAAAGCUUUUCUUCUUCGUUUUUUUGCUAUAAGUUUUGUGCGUUGAUGACAAGAAACCCUUUUGCUAAAAAAAGUGUAUAAUCAUACCUUUUUCUUUGGCUAUUUCUCCCACAAAAACCCUUUUUCUCAAAAUCCCAUCUUUCUUUCUGUUUUUUUUUCCUUUUUUAAUCUUAGGUUAGUUGAAUCUCCGUUGAAAUUCCAAAAAACUUCAGCUUUAUCCUAUUUUUGGCCCAGUUCUUCACUCCAACGUAAUUUUAAUGAAAAAGCUAAUUUUUACUCCAUAAUUUUGUGUUUAUACCCAAGUUAGUGAAUUUAGUUGGGUAUUUUCUAAAUUUUGAAACUUGAAAAAAAAUGAGAUUUGAAGAAUUCUGGGUUUUUUUGGGGGUUUUUGGAUGAUCAAAUUUGAUGAUAUAUGAUGAAUUUCAAGGGUAAAUUGUGAGUUACCCAGAUAUUGAAUGCAUCUUAAAAAAUGGGUUCAAGCAGAGGAGAAGUUGUGGAAGACAAAAAAGGGAUGGUGGUAGAUAACAAGAUAUUUGUGGCAGUGAACAAAGAGUUGAAGGAAAGCAAGUCUACACUUUUAUGGGCUUUACAAAACUCAAAUGGGAAGAAGAUUUGUAUAAUUUAUGUUCAUGUGCCAGCCAAAAUGAUUCCCAUGCCAAUGGGUGGGAAAUUUCCAGCUAAUCAAGUGGGAGAAAGGGAACUCAAGGCAUUCCGAGAGCAGGAAAGUAAACAGAUGCAUAAACUUUUAGAUGAUUAUCUUCAAAUCUGUGCUCAAGUUGGGGCAUGUGCUGAAAGUAUGCAUAUUGAAAAGGAUUGCAUAGAGGAGGGAAUUGUGGAAUUCAUAUCUCAACAAAGGAUAGGGAGACUUGUUAUGGGUGCUGCAGCAGACAGUAGAUUUUCAAGGAAAAUGGUGGAACCUAAGUCAAAAAAGGCGAACUAUGUGCGCCAACAUGCACCUGAUUUCUGUCAAAUCAGGUUUAUCUGCAAGAGUCGUCUAAUCUGUACGAGGGAGGGUAUGAGGCAACCAAGUUUGGAUGUUGAAGGGAGAUCGUCACUCUCUUCAGAGAAUAAUAACAUUGAUGCAGACAUUCUAAAUCAAUUAUUAAAUUCUAGGCUUAGACUUUCAGAUUCUGGUGGAUCUGGAGGCAGUUCUGAUAGAUCUGAUCAAUCAUCAAGACUCAGUCUUUCACAGUCUUCAAUCCGUUCACUAGAAGCGGGAUCACCUUUCAGUUCACCUUGUUCAUCACUUACUAGAGAAGAAGUCAGAGAAUCUGGUCUGGAGUUGUUGGCUUUGCCUCAGACUAAGAGCAAGGAUCAAGGUUUAUCACCUCCAAGCGUAUUGCAGGAAAAUGGUAUCGAUGAUGAUCUGUAUGACCAGCUUGUUCAAGCCAUGACAGAGGCUGGAAAUUCAAAGAGAGAAGCCUUUGAAGAAUCAAUACGGCGUCAGAAAGCUGAGAAAGCAGCUAUGGAUGCUAUUCGCAGGACAAAAGCUGCUGAAAAAUUGUAUUAUGAGGAAUCUAGAAAAAGGAAAGAGAAAGAGGAAGAGCUGGCUAAGUGGAUGGAGGAACUCGAAAUCACAAAGAGCCAGCAGGAAAAGGUCUUGCAGGAACUCCACGAGGCAUUGGAUCAGAAGAUGUCGCUUGAAACCGAAUUUCAGAAAGUCAAACUUACAGAAAAGGAGAUGGAACAGAAAUUAUUGUCUGCAGUGGCUUUGUUACAGAAGUAUAAGAUGGAACGUGAUGGUUUACAAGUAGAAAGGGAUGAUGCUCUCCGAGAAGCCGAACAGUUGAGGAAACAGUAUGCUCAGGGACCAUCAAGCUCAAGUAUCUCUUGUUUUUACUCUGAAUUCUCUUUCUCGGAUCUGGAGAAAGCUACUAACUACUUUGACCCAUCCUUGAAGAUUGGGGAAGGAGGGUAUGGUAGUAUAUAUAAAGGUUUUCUACGUCACACUGAAGUGGCAAUAAAGAUACUGAAUCCCAACAGCAUGCAGGGUCCUCGAGAGUUUGAACAAGAGGUGGAUGUUUUAAGCAAGCUGCGGCAUCCAAACCUAGUGACUCUCAUUGGUGCCUGUCCUGAAUCUUGGGCUCUUGUAUAUGAGUAUCUUUCUGGAGGAAGCCUUGAGGACCGACUAACUUGCAAGGAUAACUCCCCUCCACUACCAUGGCAAGCAAGAAUUCAAAUAGCCACAGAGUUAUGCUCCAUCCUCAUCUUUCUCCAUUCAAGCCGACCUAGCAGCAUUAUACAUGGAGAUAUAAAGCCAUCAAAUAUACUACUGGAUGAUAAUCUUGCAUGCAAGCUCGCCGAUUUUGGUAUAUGCUGUGUGAUCGCAAAUGGCGAAACCUCAACGGAACAAACUACUAGGUUCUGUACCACUCAACCAAAGGGCACUUUCACUUACAUGGACCCAGAAUUGCUGGCAACUGGAGAGCUUACCCCAAAGUCUGACAUUUAUUCUUUCGGGAUCAUAUUGCUGCGCUUAUUGACUGGUAAACCAGCCUUGGGGAUAACAAAGGAAGUUGAAUAUGCUUUAGCUAAAGGUGAUUUAAAUUUCAUAUUAGACCCUUCAGCUGGGGAUUGGCCUUUUGUCCAGGCUGAGCAGUUAGCUCGUAUGGCUUUAAGGUGCUGUGACAUGAAUGGAAAGAAUCGCCCUGAUCUUGAAACAAAUAUAUGGAGGGUUCUAGAACCCAUGAAAGCUUCGUCUCGAAGCUUAUCUAUGCCUAUGGCGUCUGAUGAUCAAGCACCACAUUAUUUCAUAUGCCCCAUUUUUCAGGAAAUAAUGGAAGAUCCACAUAUUGCUUCAGACGGCUUUACAUAUGAAGCUGAGGCUAUCAAAGGCUGGGUAGAUAGUGGCCAUGACACUUCACCUAUGACUAAUGUGAAACUUGCAAAUCAUGAAUUUAUUCCUAAUCACGCUCUUCGCUCCGCCAUUCAGGAAUGGCAAAGACGCAGCGGUGUGUAAAUCCUUUCUGUUAGUACAGAGCACAAAAACAAAAUCUCACAUUUUCUACAUCUCUCCAGGUUGCCUCCUUUGUAUCCCAUUUAGUUGCGAACGUUCGGCUCUCGCUUUAGUGUUAAGAGUAGAGAUAGGUUGCCUCCUUACUGUAGGUUGUACAUACCUGAAGCCAUUCUGCUGCGCUGCAGCAAUUGAGGUCUAGUUGUUUGCUAUCAAGUUCCCUUUCAGACCCUAAAUUUAUGUAUAUGAACACAUUGAUCUAGUUAUUCUUUUUAACAUAUUUUUACCUCAA